UUACAAGUAACAAGCACGGAAGAGGCAAAUAGCUAAAGAGUAUGGCUCCGACGACAAUAAUGAUAUCAUCAUGGAGUUUAUGAUCACUCUAAAAAGAUCUGGGCUCCAUCAACUAUCUAAUCACACAAUAUCAUAGUACGGCCCGGGGAAAAAUCACGAAUCAUACAAUAUUCCCAUGUUCUUAAGAAUUCCGGAGAAGAAAUUUAUUGCUUGGAUUAGAAUGCCAUGGAAAGCGGUGAGUGCAGCAGGAUGAGCAAGAUGGGCCUACCACGAAAAACAGUAAGGGACAUGUAGGCCCUUGAAACUUUCUUAAUAUAUGUUCUCAUUAGCUUGCCUUUUUACAUGCCCCUCCAUCUCUUUCUCCCUCUCCCACCUCCUUUCUCCCCCGCUAUAAAUUUCCCUUCCUUUCUCUCCCUUUCCGUCUCUCUCACACCAUUUCCUUCCUUCCGAUUUCCCCCUCGUUCCCCAUCCAAACCCCUCAAGAAUGUCCAGCAGAAGGUCCAGGAUCACAGAGGAGGAGAUCAAUGAGCUCAUCUCCAAGCUCCAGUCUAUACUCCCUGAGAGCCGCCGACGAGGCACUAGCAGGCAGGCUUCGGCCUCCAAGCUACUAAAGGAGACAUGCAACUACAUCAAGAGCCUCCACCGGGAGGUCGACGACCUCAGCGACCGCCUCUCCGAUCUCUUGGCCACCAUGGACACCAACAGCGCCCACGCCGAGAUUGUCCGGAGCCUCCUUCGGUCUUAAAUAUGAGAGUUAGUCUUACCGUUACUAUAUCCUAAUGUACAACUAUUUAUAAGCUUAGGACCGGACCAGGAGUAGCGUUAGCUCUUCUUUUUUUUUUUCUUUCCUUUUCAUGUACAUUUCUUUGAGGUUUUAGGCUCGAUCGAGUUGUUUCCCCAAGCAACCGACCAGCAACCACCGCUGAGAAAUCUAAAUCUCAUGUAAUGCAUCUUCUUCUUCUCCUUCUUCUUCUACUA